AUGGCAGAACAGCACGGAGCACCGGAGCAGGCUGCAGCUGGCAAGAGCCACGGAGGCCUCGGGGGCAGCUACAAGGUGACUGUGUACGAACUAGAGAACUUCCAGGGCAAGCGAUGCGAGCUGUCGGCCGAGUGCCCCAACCUCACGGACAGCCUGUUGGAGAAGGUUGGGUCCAUCCAAGUGGAGUCUGGACCGUGGCUGGCAUUUGAGUGCAGAUCCUUCCGUGGCGAACAGUUUGUUCUGGAGAAGGGGGACUACCCUCGCUGGGAUGCUUGGUCCAGCAGCCGCCGCAGUGACAUCCUCCUGUCCCUCAGGCCUCUGCACAUUGAUGGCCCAGACCACAAGCUGCACCUGUUUGAGAAUCCAGCCUUCAGCGGGCGCAAGAUGGAAAUUGUGGACGAUGAUGUGCCCAGUCUGUGGGCUCACGGCUUCCAGGACCGCGUGGCCAGUGUCCGCGCCAUCAACGGAACAUGGGUGGGCUACGAGUUCCCUGGCUACCGCGGCCGCCAGUACGUGUUCGAGCGGGGGGAGUACCGCCACUGGAACGAGUGGGACGCCAACCAGCCGCAGCUGCAGUCCGUGCGCCGCAUCCGCGACCAGAAGUGGCACAAGCGCGGCUGCUUCCUGAGCAGCUGA